GUUUUGAAAUAGGUGGAACUACUAACCCCAUAAUGCAGUUCGAGUAUGACGACGUUCGCCAGUGCCCGGUGGAAGCGGUGAUGAGUGGUUGUAAGGGAAUAAGCCACUAACUUACAAGCCGUCUCCAUGGUGAUGAAGUCAUCGGUCGAGGAGGACGAAGGUGGGUGGGGCCUUGGGAUCCCAGAGAAGAUGAGGAGCAAUGCCAACUGGGUGGACAUCACCCAAGACUUCAAAGGGGCCUGUAAAGAACUUAAACUGGGGGAGCUGCUCCAUGAUAAACUGUUUGGUCUGUUUGAGGCCAUGUCAGCCAUCGAGAUGAUGGACCCUAAAAUGGACGCUGGCAUGAUUGGAAACCAAGUGAACCGGAAAGUUCUCAACUUUGAACAGGCUGUGAAGGACCAGGCAAUUAGAGUGAAGGAUCUGUCUCUGCCUGAGCUCAUCGGAAUUGUGGACACUUGUUUCUGCUGCUUGAUAACGUGGCUAGAGGGGCAUUCCCUGGCUCAGACAGUUUUUACAUGUCUGUACGUUCAUAACCCUGAGCUCAUUCAGGAUCCUGCCCUCAAAGCCUUCGCUCUUGGCAUCCUCAAAGUGUGCGACAUCGCUCGUGAGAAGGUCAACAAGGCUGCUGUGUUUGAGGAGGAGGAUUUCCAGGCCAUGACGUAUGGCUUCAAAAUGGCAAACAAUGUGACGGACCUGAGAGUGACAGGGAUGUUAAAGGAUGUUGAAGAUGAGCUACAGAGGAAAGUGAAGAGCACCCGUAGUCGACAGGGCGAGCAGCGGGAUCCUGAGGUGGAGCUGGAUCACCAGCAGUGUUUGGCUUUGUUUAGCAGAAUUAAAUUCACCCGCCUCUUACUGACGGCUCUCAUCUCAUUCACCAAGAAAGAGACGAGUGCAGUAAGUGAAGCACAGAAGCUGAUGAGCCAGGCAGCUGACCUUCUACCUGCAAUUCACUCUACCAUCCAAUACGGCAUUCAGUCACAGAAUGACACCACUAAAGGAGAUCAUCCAAUCAUGAUGGGGUUUGAGCCUCUGGUGAAUCAGCGUCUGCUGCCGCCCACUUUCCCCCGCUACGCCAAGAUCAUCAAGCGCGAGGAAAUGGUCAACUACUUCAGCAAACUCAUCGAGCGGAUAAAGACCGUGUGUGAGGUCAUCAACACCACCAACCUGCACAGCAUCCUGGACUUCUUUUGUGAAUUUAGCGAGCAGUCACCUUGUGUGCUGUCCAGAUCUUUAUUACAGACUACAUUUCUGAUUGACAACAAGAAAGUGUUUGGGACUCACCUGAUGCAGGACAUGAUCAAAGAUGCUCUCCGCUAUUUCGUCAGCCCCCCUGUCCUGUCCCCAAAGUGCAGUCUGUAUAACAACCACCAGGCCAAAGACUACAUUGACUCCUUCGUGACGCACUGCUCUCGGCCGUUCUGCAGUCUGAUCCAGAUUCACGGACAUAACAGAGCGCGGCAGAGAGACAAACUGGGGCACAUACUAGAGGAGUUUGCCACCCUGCAGGAUGAGGCUGAGAAGGUAGACGCAGCUCUUCACGGUCUACUAAUGAAGCUGGAGCCUCAAAGGCAGCACCUGGCCUGUCUGGGCACCUGGGUGCUCUACCACAACCUGCGCAUCAUGAUCCAGUACCUUCUCAGUGGCUUCGAGCUGGAGCUCUACAGCAUGCAUGAAUACUAUUACAUCUACUGGUACUUGUCAGAGUUCCUGUAUGCUUGGCUGAUGUCCACGCUGAGCAGAGCGGACAGCUCACAGAUGGCUGAGGAGCGCAUUCUGGAGGAGCAGCAGCAGAAAGGACGCAGCAGCAAGAAAAGCAAGAAGAAGAAGAAAGCUCGUCCUCUGGGGAAAGAAAUCACCAUGAGCCAGGCCUACCAGAACAUGUGUGCCGGCAUGUACAAGACAAUGAUAGCAUUGGAUAUGGACGGGAAAGUGCGGAAACCUCUGUUUGAGCUGGACAGUGAGCAAGUUCGCUAUGAGCAUCGCUUCGCCCCCUUCAACAGUGUUGUCACGCCUCCUCCAGUGCACUACAUCCAGUUCAAGGAAAUGUCAGAUUUGAAGAAGUACAGUCCUCCCCCGCGCUCAGCCGACCUGUACAUGGCAGCCAGCAAGCACUUCCAGCAGGCCAAACUCAUACUGGAAAAUGUCGCCAGCCCUGAUGCCGAGGUGAAUCGGAUCCUCAAAGUGGCCAAACCAAACAUUGUUGUGAUGAAGCUGCUAGCAGGAGGACACAAGAAGGAGACCAAGGCCCUUCCUGAGUUCGACUUCUCUGCGCACAAGUAUUUCCCUAUAGUUAAAAUUAUUUGACUCCUUUUAGAAGUCCCCUUGUCCUGACUCUCUAAAAUCUCCAUGUUCCUCUCUCUUCCCCGUCCUGAGCGCUCUGUGUGAGCUCUGAGCAGCGUGUGCCGGUGCGAUGUCCUGCCUACUGCUGUAAUGUUGCAUGAAUAAACUGGGCCAUUUUCAUCACAGUUAGACCUCAGAAAUCACUUGCUGACCACUCUGAUUGGUCCAAGAGUUGAA